UUCAUGCUUCCAAGAAACCCAAUAGCGAGGGACACAGCAGAGCUUCCAUCUUCAUCAAGCCCUAGCAGCUCCGCCAAAACCAGACCCUCUUCUCGCAAACACAAACCCUCCAAAGAAAACGAUCCUCCUUCAGAUCACAACAUCAUCGUCCCUUACUCCCCCUCCCAUGUCAAAUCCAAGAGUCCGUUACCACCAAGACCUCCUUCUUCCAACCCUCUCAAACGCAAACUUGCUCUCGACACCAUCGCCGCCGAAAAUUCACUCCCGGCAACUACCGAUUCCGGCGUUAAGGUUAUUGUGAGGAUGAGGCCGUUGCGGAAGGAUAAGGACGAAGGAGAUCCUAUAGUUCAGAAGAUUUCUGGUGAUUCGUUAUCAAUUAAUGGCCGUGCUUUCACCUUUGAUUCUGUUGCUGAUGUUGAAGCUACUCAGUUACUUCAUUUCUACUGUGGUUGA